AUGCCUUGUGAAGGGCGUGAAUGUAUUUCUAUACAUAUUGGACAAGCAGGAGCCCAAAUUGGAAAUGCAUGUUGGGAAUUGUACUGUUUAGAACACAAUAUUGGAAAAGAUGGAAAAGUUGCAAGUGAAGGAAGUGAACCCGGAAUACAGAAUCAAAAACCGGAAAAUCAGUCAAUCACAACAUUCUUCUCAGAAUCAUCCGGUGGCAAAUAUGUUCCUCGAGCUAUUUAUAUUGAUUUAGAACCUACUGUACUCGAUGAAAUUCGUUGUGGUCCAUUCAAGCAACUUUUCCAUCCUGAACAAUUAAUUAGUGGCAAAGAAGACGCAGCCAAUAACUAUGCCCGUGGCCAUUAUACCAUUGGUAAAGAACAUAUUGAUAUUGUAUUAGAAAAGAUUCGAAAGCAGACAGAACAAUGCAUGGGAUUGCAAGGUUUCUUGGUAUUUCAUAGUUUUGGUGGUGGUACCGGAUCCGGAUUUUCAUCAUUGCUAAUGGAACGACUUUCCGUUGAAUAUGGCAAAAAAUCAAAACUUGAAUUUAGUAUCUAUCCAGCACCACAAGUAUCUACGGCUGUUGUCGAACCAUAUAAUUCAAUUUUAACCACACAUACAACUUUGGAGCAUUCUGAUUGCUCAUUUAUGGUUGAUAACGAAGCUAUUUAUGAUAUCUGUCGUCGUAAUCUCGAUAUUGAAAGGCCAUCAUAUGUCAAUUUAAAUCGACUUAUUGCGCAAAUUGUAUCAUCUAUUACCGCAUCUUUACGUUUUGAUGGUGCUUUAAACGUUGAUUUGACUGAAUUUCAGACAAAUUUAGUACCAUAUCCAAGGAUACAUUUUCCUCUGGCGACAUAUGCGCCUGUCAUCUCAUCCGAGAAAGCUUAUCAUGAACAGUUAAGUGUGGCUGAUAUUACAACCACAUGCUUUGAGCCACAUAAUCAAAUGGUGAAAUGUGAUCCAAGGCGUGGAAAAUAUAUGGCUGUAUGCUUGCUGUAUCGCGGUGAUGUGGUACCAAAAGAUGUAAAUGCUGCAAUUUCCAUGGUUAAAACAAAACGUGGAAUUCAAUUUGUUGAUUGGUGCCCGACUGGAUUUAAAGUUGGCAUAAAUUAUCAACCACCUACUGUUGUUUAUGGUGGCGAUUUAGCAAAGGUACAUCGAGCCGUUUGUAUGCUUUCAAAUACAACUGCAAUAGCUGAAGCAUGGGCACGUUUGGAUCAUAAAUUUGAUUUAAUGUAUUCGAAACGAGCAUUUGUGCAUUGGUAUGUUGGUGAAGGUAUGGAAGAAGGUGAAUUUACGGAAGCACGUGAAGAUUUAGCUGCAUUAGAAAGAGAUUAUGAUGAGGUUAGCAAAGAUUCGGCAGCACUUAGCGAUGAUGAUGAAGAAGAAAGUGAAUAUUGA